ACUGUCUGGACUCCGCUGGGUGUGUGAGAGCAAUGUAAUUCUGAAGUACCACUACAGGAACUGGGAACCCUACAGGCAACAUCUGAAACACAUGCAGUACACACAAGGUGGUCCAUUGCUGGACAUCACUAUGGAGUUUGGUGAACUGGAGGAGGGACAUCUGCAACACUUAAUCUGUUUAGGGUCCAACCCUUCCCUGGGGAAUAACAUGAAGAUUCUUCAUGUAGAGGAACAUGGAGUGUCUUUCGAGGAAGUGCAUGAGGUCACCCGAUUCCAUGUUAAGCUUCUUCGUCCUAAGUUCUCAGCUCUCUCACUGAGCUAUCCCUUUUUUUGGGAUGUAGAAUUACACUGUAAUGUGGUACUCUAUCUGGCAGUGACAGAGGAAACACUAAUUUCACGGCUGUACCUGCUCCUGAGAAACUCCAGUCAACAAGAGGCUGUGCAGAAACAGGAGGAAGAUCAGACGGCCAAAGGAUAUUCCAGAUUUCUCCUGUCAAGUCCAAAUGGCCCCCUAAAGCUGAAAAGUAAUUUUGUGCUCCAAAAUCCCCAUGCCAGAUCUAUCAAACCACAGAAGAUUCAGCUGUUACCUGAAGACAACGAACCAAGCCAUUUUAAGAUGGUUAUGGAUAAUACAGGGAUUGACAUUCAGAUGGAGUUAAUCGGAGAUGAUGGAAAUACAGUAUGGGAUGAUAUACUAUGGAAAGCGGAAUACAGCGAUGACACUCGUUCAAUGUCAUUAACAUCACCUGUGACGUUUCUAAAGAACCACAGAGCUGAAAUCAUUCAGAGGGCCACAAAUGCUAUGCCAAUAGCAGAUUAUCUGAUUUCAAAAGGCAUGAUUAGUGACGAAGAUUACACGAAAAUAGAAUUUGAAAACACUGUUCAGGACAAAUUCAGGAAACUACUGAAAUGUGCGAUUAAAGAACCAAAGGUGGCGUGUGGUUUCCUCAAAGUCUUCAAGGAACAGAGUCCCUAUCUCUUUGAGGACUUGGAAAAACCUGGAACCUAAUCCAAAAAUGCUGACGUCUGUGUCAUAGUGGUUAAAUAUACUUCACUAGAUCAACUCAGUAAGGAAAUAUUGAAGCUGACCAAAUAAAGCCACUGAUGAUAACUUGGCCUAGGACCUUCAUCAAUUAAUUUAUGGUUUUGAUUAAAUAAAUAAUAAAACGCCUCUGGAUAAACUGAUAUAAAAAUUGUAAUUACACAGGCAUAACCUCACAGCCCAGUCAUCACCUCUCCAGCGUCUCUGUAUUGUCCUGGACCGCUGAGUCAUAUAAUGUUCUUAGGAAUGGAUGAGCAGCUGUCGUUCACAGGGUCAUAUUCACACCAGAGCCUGGUACAGAAGCUCUGAUUAGAAACCAUGUCAAAAAUGGACUGUAACUGAAAAGAAAAUGUGUUUUAUUGAUACUGUGUUGUUGUCCUGAAUUGAUGGUCUUAUAUUAUAAACAUUGCUUUUAUUUGUAUUUUUAGUGUUUGAUGUUUUGUAUUUGAAGUAGUGUAUUCAUCGGACCCUGUCAAUCAAUCAAAUGGUGUACCAUAUAUUUAUGAAGUAGAUUUUUGUUGAUAAAGUACAUUUUUUAAUGUUAAUGAUGUUUUUAAUGUUAUGUAUUUUAUUUUCUAUAACGCUGUAAUGGAUCUGCUGUGAUGGAUUUAUGAUUUAUACUUUUCAAAGACUCUAGAUGUUGUUAAGGUUUGGCCCGGGGUAGGCCGUCAUUGUAAAUAAGAAUUUGUUCUUAACUGACUUGCCUAGUUAAAUUAAAUAAA